AUGUCCUUUGAUGGCCGACUUUCUUUUCUGAAGAAGCAAAUUGACGACUUAAAAAAUGAAAUCCGUAAAGACUCUGUAAAAGAAUUAGCAUUAUCACAAAGAAAUGAGGUAGCAACUCAGAAAAUUAAAGAAAUUUCAAAAAAAUCAGUCCAUGGCAAUUGUAUAAAAGAUAUGAAUUUUAAAGGAAAGAAAAGAUUAGGUGGAUUUUCCUGCCAACUGUGCCAGUCAUUACUUUCUGCAGGGCAUUCUACAGGUAGCUGCAAACAUCAUCAAAAGCAAGUGAGAUAA